GAGAAAGCCGAGCGACGAGCUCAGCUGAUGCAACCUGGCGGGACUCUCGUGACAGUUCCCGGCACGCGGCCGCGGAAGCGACGAAGGAAAAGACGCGGGUGCCUGCCGAGCGCAGGAAGCAGGGGUGACGGAGCCAUGGGGGACGCUCCAAGUCCUGAAGAAAAGCUGCAUCUGAUCACCCGGAACCUGCAGGAGGUUCUGGGGGAAGAGAAGCUGAAGGAGAUACUGAAGGAGCGAGAACUUAAAGUUUAUUGGGGAACAGCAACGACAGGCAAGCCACAUGUAGCUUAUUUUGUGCCCAUGUCGAAGAUUGCUGACUUCUUAAAGGCAGGAUGUGAGGUAACAAUUCUGUUUGCGGACCUUCACGCAUACCUGGAUAACAUGAAAGCCCCAUGGGAACUUCUAGAACUCCGAACUGGUUACUAUGAGAAUGUGAUCAAGGCAAUGCUGGAGAGCAUUGGCGUGCCCUUGGAGAAGCUCAAGUUUGUCAAAGGCACUGAUUACCAACUCAGCAAAGAGUACACAUUGGAUGUGUACAGACUGUCCUCUGUGGUCACACAGCAUGAUGCCAAGAAAGCUGGAGCUGAGGUCGUAAAGCAGGUGGAGCAUCCUUUGCUGAGUGGUCUGUUGUACCCUGGACUGCAGGCUUUGGACGAAGAGUAUUUAAAAGUAGAUGCUCAAUUUGGAGGUGUUGAUCAGAGAAAAAUUUUCACCUUUGCAGAAAAGUACCUCCCUGCACUUGGCUACUCAAAACGGGUUCAUCUGAUGAAUCCAAUGGUCCCUGGAUUAACUGGGAGUAAAAUGAGUUCUUCAGAAGAGGAAUCCAAGAUUGAUCUCCUUGAUCGGAAGGAGGAUGUCAAGAAAAAAUUGAAGAAAGCCUUCUGUGAACCAGGCAACGUGGAGAACAACGGUGUUCUGUCCUUCAUCAAGCACGUGCUCUUCCCCCUCAAGUCAGAGUUUGUGAUCCUUCGAGAUGAGAAAUGGGGUGGAAACAAAACCUAUACUGCUUACCUGGAUCUGGAAAGGGACUUUGCUGAUGAGGUUGUACACCCUGGAGACCUAAAGAAUUCAGUUGAAGUCGCCCUGAACAAGUUGCUAGAUCCCAUUCGGGAAAAGUUUAAUACGCCUGCCCUGAAGAAGUUGGCCAGUGCUGCCUACCCUGAUCCCUCAAAGCAGACAGCUGACCUUCCAUGGGAGCAGGGAGUGGAUCUUGACCCCAUGGUGUUCUUCUCAUUCCCAGAGGCCAUUGCCAAAGGCCCUGCCAAGAAUUCAGAACCAGAGGAAGUUAUCCCAUCCCGGCUGGAUAUCCGCGUGGGGAAAAUCAUCAGUGUAGAGAAGCACCCAGAUGCAGACAGCCUGUAUGUGGAGAAGAUUGAUGUGGGCGAAGCUGAACCACGGACUGUGGUGAGCGGCCUGGUACAAUUUGUGCCCAAGGAGGAACUACAGAACAGGCUUGUGGUGGUGCUGUGCAACCUGAAACCCCAGAAGAUGAGAGGAGUUGAGUCCCAAGGCAUGCUUCUGUGUGCCUCCAUAGAAGGGGUAAGCCGCCAGGUUGAACCUCUGGACCCUCCUGCAGGCUCUGCUCCUGGUGAGCGAGUGUUUGUUAAGGGCUAUGAGAAGGGCCAACCAGAUGAAGAACUUAAGCCCAAGAAGAAAGUUUUUGAAAAGUUACAGAUUGACUUUAAGAUUUCUGAUGAGUGCAUUGCACAGUGGAAGCAAACCAACUUCAUGACCAAGCUGGGAAACAUUUCCUGUAAAACACUGAAAGGAGGGAAUAUCAGCUAGCCAGCCCAGCAUCUUCCCUACUUCUACCAUCCUGAGUCUUCUGGUGUCUCAGUUUGUUCCAUUUGUCACCUGUUUGCCCAUCUCUCAGGACAUUGAAGCAGCAGGUCUUGGACUCUUUCUUAGGUGCAAAACUGGGUAAGGGGCAGCAUACCUCCCCAGAAUCUGGAAUCAUCCCAGGUGGUAAGUGGGGCUAGGGAACCCAGUUUUACCAGCUUCCUUUGGCAGCUGACUCAAGAAUUCUGGUUUCAAUAUAACUCAUAGAAAAAGUUUAUGCCACAGUCCUUGUAAUUGGAAAAACAUUGGUUCCCAAGUUUUUUGGAGUUAUCCCAGCAGCUGUGCCUCUAGCUGGAAUCUAGUGCCUGGACUGGGCUAAUUACAGUUUCUUCCCCAACAGGAAAUUGUGGGAUUUGAAAAGCAAAGAGAAGGGAAAACAGAACCUAGUGGUCUAUCAAGUGGUUGGCAGCGUUCACACUGCAUGCCUACUCUGGGGCUUCGUGUUGGUGGGAGACAGGGCCUGCCCCAGGGCUCAUGGAAUUUCCCUUGAUCCAGCCAAACUGGGACACUCCCUAAACCAGCUGUGUUGUUAGUUAGCAUGGAUGGCAUGGCGUGUGUCUUCAGAGAGGGUGAGGUCAUUUCUCUAUAAGGCGAGAAAAUCGAAUCACUAAUCAUCACUGUCAAAUUCAAAUAAAAUGGUCUGAACAAGCA